UGGGCGUGGUCGUCCCUAAAGACAGAGACGUCGAUGAAAAAAUCAAAACAAGCAAUUCAGCAAAGAAUUUUCUUCUAAUUUCGACUUCAUUUUUCGGGGGAAAAUGCGGGACCGGGUGCUGAAAAUGGUGGAGAACCGGUGUAGGGUGCUGUUCAUCUGUAUUAUCAUCAGUCUGUGGCCGAUGAGCGACGCUUUUGAUGGCAAGGCGUUCGACGACACCAUCCUCUUCAAAAUCAACUGGCCCGGCAAAGAGGGUCUCGAUGCCCCGCCUCUGGACAAUCACGAGUCGCUGGUGAUGACCACGAUUAAUAAUGAAAAAUACAAUUGUUUGCUUCCGCAAACUCUCGAGGGAGAGCAGGAUAAGCCAGAAGUCUAUGCUGGACCUACUGCCCUGGAGCUGAUGCUUCCUCUUUUGAAACAGACUGGUGGCCAAUCUCCAUGCUCUUACAGACUUGAGUCUUACUGGACAUAUGAGUUGUGCCACGGCAAGUACAUGCGCCAGUUCCACGAAGACCGAGAGGGCAAGAAACAAAAACUCCAAGAGUACUAUCUUGGGAAGUGGGACUCGAAGUACUUAGAGAAACUGAGCAAAAGUGACUUCCAAGCACUUGAAGAGGCUCAAAAACUCUCCAUCCAAGUGAAGAAAAUCGAUGGCAUGAGUUUGCCCUACCUGCAGAUCAACAUGAGCGAUGGGACCCUGUGCGACCUGAACAAAAAGCCAAGGUCCACUCGUGUGCAAUAUGUCUGCUACCAACACGGCAAGCACGAAAUUUACUCCCUGAAGGAGACCAGCACUUGCGAGUACGAGGCAGUCGUUUUGUCGCCAUUCUUGUGCAGCCACCCUCUCUACAGACCACAAGAGACGGGAGAAAAUCAAGUUUCCUGCUACCCUCUUGAGAGCUCUCCGAAGAAGCCAAAAAACCUGAUCGCCAUGGAGGCUGAAAGUCUGAAACUGCGCCACCAAAAGGGCAUUGAGCAGUCGUCAAAAAGCAUCCUAGAAAAGGAUGGCCAGAAGAUAAUUGUCUCCAUUAGUCCAAUUGAUGGACAGGACUCUUUAGAAAGUCUUUUAGAGCACGUACUGAAUGAUGACAAAGUUAGAGUGGAGAUCAAAUCAUUUGACAUUCCUGAAGACAGUGAACCUGGUGACUCUGCGGACAAACUGCAGAAUCUGCAGCAAAAGGCAAUACUGAGAAGGACGGCCAUAAGCAAUUUCUUGGAUGGAAAAAAUUGUUUGACAGGGGGUAAUGGUUGGUGGAAGUACGAGUUUUGCUACGGCCAGAAAGUGGAGCAGUACCAUGAAGAGAAAGACGGACGGAACUCAAUCAUCUUGGGCAUCUUUGAUUUGCAGAGGCACAGGCAGUGGUUGCAAGAAAACCCGCACAAGAAGCCCAAGCCUCUCGGGCAGAGGAAACAAGUUUCGCACCUCUACUCGGGAGGUAGCUUUUGCGAAAAGGUCAACAAGCCGCGCCAGGUCGAGGUCAAACUGAAAUGUCUGGAAGAUUCCUCAUCGAGUGCAAUUUCCCUCUACCUGCUCGAACCAAGAACCUGCGAGUACCUUCUUGGGGUCGAAUCAACCGUCAUCUGCGACCUCUUACCCUACGCAGAUGAAGAUGGUCUUUUGAACGUCCCUGAUUACGGUCAAAUCAAGAAAGUGGCAGAAAUGAUGAUGGACAAAAUCAUGGGUUCGGACGGACACAAAAUCCACUUGCUCGAUUUGGAGGGGGAGGAGAUUCAUGGAUUGGACGAAGAAGAAAAUAAAAAUGAUGAUGCGCCAAGAACGCUAAAUUUUGAAACAGAGGAAGCUAAAGAGCAGAAAGGUGAAGAGGAGGAGACUGCAAAAUCUGUCGAGGUCAAGGACGAGCUUUAAACCCAAGACACCUAUUUUGAGCACACGCAAAACGGACUUGCUUUCAUUGUGCGCCGAGCUCGAAACUUAUUUUUGUGAUUUCCAUCUAGUUUUUAAUUUUACAUGUAAUUAACUUGCCUGAAAAAUUGAAUUUAUAUGCAAGCCUAUUGUUGUUUGUUACCUCCUAUGUGUUUGGUCAGGUUUUUAUGAGGAAAUUAAAAAAAAAAGACAAUUAUAGUUUGGUACAGUCGUGGAAAGAGAAUGAAUGCUAAUAAAAAUGACAAGAAUGUUGGUUAAAUUUGUCGUUUUAAUAUGCACGGUGGAAAUGAAAAGCAGUAGGUUCAAUUUUCUGUUUAUUUAUUUCACAAUCAGAGAUGGUAAAAUGAAAAAUCAUUAAAUUAGUGAAUUAAUUCUAAAAUCAUUCGUCAGUUUGUAAUACUGCGACAGGAAAUUGUACACUUUGACAAGAAGAAUAACAUAAUUUACAGACAAAAAAUAAAUAAAUGUAACAAAUAAUUAACAAUAAUAGUAUAAUACUUUCAGCGUAAUACUCAAUGCUUGAAAUACUCUUUUGGUAAAAUGGGACCACAUUUGGCACUGUCUGAUUGAAAUCAAAAACACUACAGUGAUGCCAAAGAACAGAAAAACAGUAAUACACAAUCCAACAAAUACUUUGCGUCUGUGAUGUGGCGUGUUCCUUGUAAAUAAUGAUUUUACACUCGAUUAUACUAAAAAUUUCAAUAAGAAUAACGCACAUUGCAAAUAUCCCUUGAUCAAAAAAUGAGGGGGCGCACGUGGCCUUCCCCUAUAUAAAUGCAACAAAUAAUUUACGCGUGUUCCAUUGAAAGAAAUUCCUCUCGUAAACAACGAAGUUGUUUCGCAGCUUCGACUUCUUUUUUCUUUUAAAUUAUUUUGUUUCGCUAUAGCAAGACAUUAAAACACACCGAAUUUUAUUUCCUUAGUACUUUCAUAAUCUCACAACAAGCUCUGGAAGGGAUCACUGCAGCUAAAACUUGUUUGUCUUCCAUUAUGUCCUAAUGUAAUUCAGUAAUGCAUAGU